AUGGCAUUCCAUCGUCAGUUGGUCCCGGCGAGAGCCAUGGGUGGUCUCGCAGAUGAAGGCUGGUUAUCCGCGCAACUGAGCGAGACCGUCCUCGAGCGGUUAAGGAUGCAUGAUGGUAGCACAGCGUGUAUGAUCUUACCCUCAAUGCUCGGGGCGCAGCGGUUGAUCGCGAGCUUGACGGAAAAGAAUACGAGCCAUUUUGUGUCCCCGUACAUACGCUUCUGUGUUCCUGCUGGUGACAUUUGCGGUGACGACGCAAAUAAAGCGUCUCGCUGGGCAACGUUCUACGCGGUGCUGUACCAUGCCGACCUGGCUCCCGACGCGAUGGGUUUCUGGCGCGAGACGGGCGACGGGAUCCCAAGUCGGCAUGCGGAGUUCGCCCUUGGAUGGUUCCCAUACCUGGAGUCGCAGUGCGUCGACCGCUUGUUCUGCACAAAAGCCAAACUCCCCUUGCACAAGGCGUGGGGCGAAGAGUUGCCGUCACUACCGUCCCCCGUCACUACGGCAGCAGAGGUGGCUAAGAUAAAGACCCUGCUAGCAGCGUCUGCGGCAUCGGAUGCUCCGAAUCAAGCACCCAUCAGUUCAAAAGAUAUAUUUCUCUACCAGAAAGGGCUAUGCGGGAUCUAUGCGGUCGCGAGGUCGCUUGUCCCCGUGAGCUCAUCGGAGAAGACGUCACAGGUGGUGAUCUAUGGAUGGCCAUAUGCCGAGACAGUCAAAUGCGUUGAGCGCAGUGGAUGGGGCCGAGUGAUACUCUAUGGUAAAGGGACUGAGGCAGAUCUGGACGAUUUGGAAAGGAGACUGGCCGAGGGGGAACGCAUUCAAGCGCUGUUCUGCGAGCUGCCCAGCAACCCUCAGCUCGCGUCACCAGACCUUCAUCGUAUCCGACGCCUUGCGGAUGAAUACAAGUUUGUGGUGGCAUGCGACGAGACCCUUGGCACAUUUGUUAAUGUCGACGUGCUGCCGUACGUCGACAUCGCCAUGACUAGCCUCACAAAGAUCUUCAGUGGCGCCUCAAAUGUCAUGGGGGGAAGCGUCAUCAUCAAUCCACAGUCUCGGUUCUACGACGCGAUCCAUGCCCGUCUCACCGCAACGUGGGAAGACACCCUUUUCCCCGGCGAUGUAAGUGUGCUUGCCGCGAACUGCACUGAUUUCGUGGAGCGCGUUCGCUAUUGUAGCCGCAGUGCGUUGGCUGUCGCAGUGCUUCUUUCACAGCAUCCGUCGGUAGCAAAAGUCCACUAUCCUCCGCUGGUGCCCACUCGGCAUCUUUACGAGAGAUACCGUCGCCGUAAUGGUGGGUAUGGCUACGUGCUGAGUAUUAUCUUCCACGAUCCGCAGAGUGCCGUGGCGUUCUAUGACGCUCUCGACGUCUGCAAGGGCACGAGCAUCGGGGCCAAUUUCACGCUCGCGGUGCCAUACGCGCAGCUGGCCCACUUCAGGGAGCUGGACUUGGCCGAGGCAAAUGGGGUCCCACGGCACAUAGUGCGCAUCAGUGUCGGUGUGGAUGACACUGAGAAACUGCUCGAUCGUGUCAGGAAAGCUCUAGUUGCGGUGGAAAUUGUUUGCGAGAGAGCCGGAAACAGCGCCUCUCUUUAG